CCAAACAUCUGAUUUCUGACUGUUGGGGAGGAGGGCCAAUUCAAUAGAAAAGUAUUUUUCAACCUUAAUUUAAUUUUAAUUCGUGCUUCUACGAUGUUGUGAUCGACCCUGCAAUUUCAAAUCAUUAUCUUAAAAUAGCAUCGACCUCAUAUAAUCGACGAGAUUUUGUUAAAACCAUUUGAAAGCGGUCGUGCUCGACAAAAGAGAUGACUUUGGUUGAAGGUGUUGGAGAUGAAGUGACACAAUUCUUCAUUGCCCUUCUUGUCGUUGGACUUGCCCUUAUUGCGUGGUGGUCAACAAACAUUUCGGAAACACCUUUGGUCAGGACUGUUCUAGUGCUUGAACGUAGGAGAGUUGAGAGCACACCAGCAAGAAACGAACAACAAAUCACUCGACCGCCAGACAGUUCCAAUAAUGCAGUAGAAUUGCCAAACAAUCCUGAAGUUGCUCAAGAGCCUGAAGUCGCCGACGAAGUAGCCAGCUCUACAAUUUCGAACGAUGAACCAAAAGAAGAAAAUGAGAUAACUGCAACUACAACUAGUAGUGAGAAUACACCUCCAGCAGAACUUAGACGCCGAAGAGUUGAAGCUAUUGAAAGUAAAACGAUCGUCGUAGAACAAACCCCAAUCGAUGCUAUGGAAGUCGAAGAAGAAACUUCCGAUGGAAGUAUCAGGAUAAGACUCAAGUACCUGAAUGACGAACAAAAACUAGUGCAAGGCCGGCUAACAGAACCCCUUGGGGACUUCAAGAGGAGACACUUUGAUUUGGAAUUGAGUGCCAACAAGUUGGUGCGACUCAUCUUCAACGGUCAAGUUUUAGCUCGGGAUACAGCAUCCCUUGAGGAGCACGGCCUGUUUGACAACUGUGUUAUCCAUUGCUUAGUGCAUCAGCCGAGGAAUGUCACCAGCAACACAGCUGGCUCCACAGAAGGCAACACAGCCCCCAAUAGAGAGGAGCAAAGAGAAGCAAAUGAGAGCAAUGGUGGUCACAUGCUGGAAAGAAGGGAAAUUGAUUUGGGCACCCUCCUCUAUGUCAUUUUGCCAGUUUUGAUAGGCUUGGCUUGGUACUUACGAUAUGUUUACUCGCAAUACUUUACGAACACUGCCUCUGUGGCCUUGAUUGGUCUGACUGGUUUGCUGGCAGUGUCAUUUGUCGGCUACAUGAUGCCGGAUCAGGAAUUAAUUCGAUAGAGUGCAGGCAUCAAUAUUUUACGAUUGUGAUUCCAGGCUAUUUAUUUUAAUUCUAUAUUGUUAAAUUAUUCAAAUGACUAACUGCUGAUGUUCUUCUGUUAUGAUUUCAAUCAGUGAGGAAAAAACCCACAUAAUAUACUUGUAAGGUGUUUCAAAAGAUACAAAAUUGUUGUGUUU